AUGUUUUCUUCCCCUUCCCCUAAACAGUCACUUAUUGUGCUCUUCCGACCGUUGGAAAUUCAUGUGCGAAUCAGUCAGGUACAAAGUGCCAAGCGAGCUGCGCGUCGAGCUACCGCCUUACGUCGAGCCGAGGCCGAACGUCUGUUGUACGAAGCCCGACAACGUAAACGAAUGGCUGCUCUGGCCAAGGCGACCGAACUUCAAGGUAUGGGACAAAAACACGCUAUUCAACGUUCCUCGCUGGAGCCUGAUACGAUCGGAGUUAAUAAGUUCGACGUACAAACGGGUUUGACUGCUCAUUCCGGUCCGAGGCAGGUCAAUGCGAUCCGCGUUGUCUCCGGACAACGUGGUGGUCGUAUGGGCACAGUAGUGACUAGAAAUACACGCGGCGGUCGAGUGUUGCAAGUGAAUCCAGCUGGAGCGAAUCCGGCGAUUCUCCCCAGGCCAGAUGCGCCACGUGCUACGAGCACCGGGGUCGGGUGGCUUCGAAACCGCUCUUCGUCUGCUCGUGGUAAACGAGCACCAAGUCGUCGUGUGGUUGUAUACCGUGGUUCAAUUAUGCAACGGAUUAUUGAGGAGAAACGUCGGCAGCGGACUAUUUCGGUGGGUAGUUUGGAUGGUAUGGUGAUCACAAGGGACAACGAACUUAUCGCGGCCUCGUUGGCACCGAACCUGGAUCGGCCUCUGCUCAGUGCAUCUGCAAUUCAUCGGAUAUCAGAAGCAGUGGCGCGCAAAAUCGAAGUAAAAAUGCAGAAUCAAUUACCCGAAGGUUCAACAGUCGGUGCCAGUCGUGCCGGGCUGUCGCGAAGUCAGUUGCGUGUAAGUCUACCUCAAGUUGUCCAGGAGUACAUUCAAUCCCAACUGUCGGUCGCCCUGCAGCAGCAGCAACAACAACAGCAUAAACAGUCCACAGCUGCUGCAACCCCGUUCUAUGUUUCUGCUACACAACAUCCAACCGCACUGAGCACGACACCGACGAAUCCCAUGUUGCCUGCGGCUCCUGCUAAUGAUACCCCUUCAACCGGUGUAAGUGGUUCGGUUCUCGAACGAUGUGCUGUUUGGAACCAUUUUGCGUCAUGUCCUUUUUUUACACAGAGCUUCGUUUUCACCGCACAUUUUUGCUCAACUUCCGAAGUUUAA